CAUUCUGGUCAGAAGAAAGAGACAUUUUGAGUUUUAAUGAACACGUUUAUGUUCUUUUAGAAUAACUGACAGAUAUGGAAAAUGAUUAACAGAAGUUUUGCCAGCUUCCGUUAAACUUGGAUAAGUUGACGUUGAACAUGUCUGCAGACGGUCAAAUCAUGGACUCAUCAUCUCGAACGCUGGAAAAACUGGAAAAUGAAAAUAAUAAGAAUGGGUCAGUAAAGCAGGUGCUCUUGGAUGGAUGUGUGCCCUUCUCUCAUCAGGUGGCUGGACAUAAAUGCGGGAUCAAUAACACUGGUGUUCUGCAGCAUCCUGAUGGGACGAUCCUGAAACAGCUACAAGCUCCUCCGAGAGGCCCACGAGAGAUGAACUUCUACACACAGGUAUUUGCUAAGGACUGCACAGAUAAAAGGCUACUGGAUUUGCAACAACAUCUUCCCAAGUUCUAUGGCACAUGGAUGCCACGAGAGUCACCACAUGAGCUGUAUCUGAAACUGGAGGAUGUGACGAGGAGGUUCUUACGGCCCUGCAUCAUGGAUGUGAAGAUCGGGAGGCGAAGUUACGACCCGUUUGCGUCAAAAGAAAAACGCGAAGAGCAGAUUAGCAAGUAUCCUCUGAUGGAAGAGAUCGGGUUCCUGUUAUUGGGCAUGAGGGUGUACCAGAUCAACUCAGACAGUUACAUCACUCAUGACCAGUUCUAUGGACGCAGUCUCGGAAAGGACACUUUAAAAUAUGGCCUGAGCAGAUUCUUCCACAAUGGUCAAGAACUACAGAGGCAUGCAGUUUCUCUGAUUAUCUCCAAAAUCCGAAGCAUUCUCCGCUGGUUUGAGAUCCAGACUGAGCUGCAUUUCUACGCCAGCUCUCUGCUGCUGGUGUAUGAGGGCUCUCCUCACACAAUCAAUAAAUCCAAACACAAGCCAGCUGAUCCAGCAACAGAACAUCAGCAGGGGGAGCCACAGAGCAAGGCUUUGAGCUUUCAGAGCAGUUUAACACACAGUCGUCCAUACUGCCAUGACAUUCAGCAUGAGAGAAACACCAACGGAAAACAUGGAGGAAGUAUAGAAGAGCAAGAUGAGGAAAUUGGAAUGGGGGAUAAGAAGCAGUUUGGACAGGAGGAGACAGUGGAGGUGAAGAUGAUCGAUUUUGCUCAUGUAUUUCCCAGCGACAGUCCGGAUGAGAGCUACAUGUACGGACUCAGGAACCUUCUCUCAACUUUAGAACAAAUACUGAAGGACUGACAUCUGUCCAUCUCUCUCUUCACUGGUCGGAUCUUUCUGACUGUUGUUUUAAAGCCAGUGCAGAUCAUUUCACACACAUACACAAACAUUGCUGGUGCCUUAAUUUUGAAAAUAGGUUUAUUAUAUAUUUAUAGAGAUAUUUUUCUUAAUCUUUUGAGAUAAAAGAGUUCAUUGUAUUUUGAAAACACUCUCAGAACUUAAGACUCUGGAUAAGAAAGGCUUGGCUGUCAACAACUAAAAAUUUACUAAAAAUAUAGGUACUGUAGAACUCAUAUCAUAUCAUGAAAAAUAAUCAUGAUAUGAUAAAGCAGUUCAUCUGUGCUGUCAAAACACUUACAAUGUGACUUACUGAUGUCUCAUAAUGACUCCACUUCUGAUGCAACUAUUGAUGUUUUUAUUCUAAAAAUGCACUUUGAUUCAAAAGUAAAUUAUAGUUAGAUUUAUUUUUAACAUUUAUAUUUACCUUAUC